AUGACAGCUUUAUGCCUCUAUACACUUUUUUUAUUGCUUUUGGUGCCUGUCUGUUGUGGCCUGCCCAUCAACCCCCGUGCCAAGAGUGAGGACUCCUUUUCCGUGGAGCUCCUCCAAAUCGUGGCAGACAAGGGCGCGGUCCUUGGCCUUUCUGUUGGCGGCGCCGUCCUCCUGGUCCUCCUGACAAAGGAGGCCGGAGCCUUCUUCUUCUGGUGGGCACGUUAUGCCAUCGAACGUAAGGAUGACUCCGUUCCCGUGGAGCUCCUCCGCAUCGCCGCCGAAAAGGGCCCAUUGCUUGCCUUAGAACUGGGAGGCGCGGUCCUACUAUACCUCCUACUAAGGGAGAUAGGAAUGUUCCUGUUCUGGUGGGCAAGACAUGCCAUUGAACGGCUGCCCAUCAACCCCCGAGCCAAGAGUAAGGACUCCUUUUCCGUGGAGCUCCUCGAGGUUGUCGCAGACAAGGGCACGGUCCUUGGCCUUUCUUUAGGCGGCGCAGUCCUCCUGAUCCUCCUGGCAAAGGAGGUAGGAGUCUUCUUCUUCUGGUGGGCGCGGUAUGCCAUCAGACGGCGCGAUGGCAAUCAACGCCGGGCUGGUGCCGGCGGUGGUUCUGGCGGCUAA